AGGAGGGGCCUGCGCCGCUGGAAAGCCUCAGGGGACGAGUGGGAGGAGCGAGGGUUUGUAGGGAGGGGAGGGCCCUGCGAAGGGUGUUCAUCUUGAGAGCCGGGUCUUACGCUUGAGGACCUGCUUGAGGAGUCGGGGUGGGCGGGGCCUGGCGUCGCAGCCCCAGCUCCUUUCUACCUGUAGCAUGGGGCACCGCACUCUGGCCGGCAGCCCGGGCCUCUGGGCUUCUGUCCCGUGUCCACGUGCGGAGCUGCGCCUGGACCUGGUUUUAGCUUCUGGACAGUCCUUCCGGUGGAGGGAGCGGAGCCCAGCACACUGGAGCGGCGUGCUGGCGGACCAGGUGUGGACCCUGACGCAGACGGAGGAGCAGCUGCACUGUACGGUGUACCGCGGGGACCCGGGCUGGCUAGGUAGGCCCACGCCGGAGGAGCUGGUGGCCGUGCACAAGUACUUCCAGCUGGAUGUCAGCUUGGCCCAGCUGUACAGCCGCUGGGGUGCUGUGGACUCCCACUUCCGGAAGGUGGCUGGGAAAUUCCAAGGGGUGCGACUGCUGCGCCAGGACCCCAUCGAAUGCCUUUUCUCCUUCAUCUGUUCCUCCAACAACAACAUUGCCCGGAUCACUGGCAUGGUGGAGCGGCUCUGCCAGGCCCUUGGCCCUCGGCUUGUCCAGCUCGAUGGUGUCACCUACCAUGGCUUUCCCAGCCUGCGGGCCCUGGCUGGGCCAGAGGUGGAGGCUCUCCUCAGGAAGCUGGGCCUGGGCUACCGUGCCCGAUACGUGAGUGCCAGCGCCCGAGCCAUCCUGGAGGAACGGGGUGGACCAGCCUGGCUGCAGCAGCUGCGAGAGGUCCCCUACGAGGAGGCCCACAAAGCCCUCUGCACCUUGCCUGGGGUGGGCGCCAAGGUGGCUGACUGCAUCUGCCUAAUGGCCCUAGACAAACCGCAGGCUGUGCCCGUGGACAUCCACGUGUGGCAGAUCGCACAGCGUGACUACAGCUGGCACCCCAGCACAUCCCGGGCCAAGGGUCCAAGUCCUCAGGCCAACAAGGAACUGGGAAACUUCUUCCGGUGCCUGUGGGGACCUUAUGCUGGCUGGGCCCAAGCAGUGAACUCCUUAUGCCCCUCCCACAGGUGCUGUUUUGUGCCGAUCUGCGCCAGCCACACCAUAAUCUGGAGCCACCAGCAAAGCUCAGAAAGCAGUCCACAGAGCCAGAAGUAUAGGAGGGGGCCUGAGCAGAGCAACUCCCCAAAUAACUUCCUGUCACCCACUGCUCCUCCCAGCCCCAUCCUUUCUUACACUGGUGUGGGGGGAAUCCCUGCAACUACCUCAGGGGCAAGGCACCUCCAAAUCAAGCAGUCAGUUUGCACAAGGUGGGGUGGGGAGUUUCUGGGGAGGCAAAACUGUAUGGUUUUAUCUUCUUCUCUUUAUUACAAGAAGGAACAAUAAAAUAGAAACAUUCGUAUGGAAAAUGCAGUGAGGAAAAAAAAAUGCAGUGAGGAGGGAAAGGGAGGAGAGGAGGGCAUGGGGCAGUUCAGGGAGGGAAGGGGAGGGAGUGAGCUGCCCCCAAACCUCCCCAGGAAGGAAACCCUGACACUAGACUGGGCUUAGAGUUGGGUGUUAGUGUGGA